AUGAGCGACACACAACGUUCCACAGUACAAGAUACAGAGGCAUCAAAUUUUGCCUGCGUUCAACAAAAAAUGAAUAUCCAUCAUUUUGAGCAGCUUAUGGAUAUUUUCCACAGCCAUCAGAGCGAUGAUGGGUCUACUGGGUUUACUAUCGACAAGGUUUGUAGACCAUUUAAUUUCGAUACUGUAUUCAAAGAUGUCUUUGGCGAAAACAUCAGUCAUGAACAAAUGAAACAGCUUUUUAUGAAAAUCGAUGCCAAUUCGGAUGAAACAGUUACAUGGGACGAUUUUUCAGCCUACAUGAUGACUGUGUCGAUUGAAACUGACGACCUGCGCGAUAUUCUAGAUGAACGUAAUCGUAAAAUCGUCACAAUGCCUCAUAAAGACAUGGUUAUUAGAAUCGAAUAUGUUUCAAGGGAGCGCAAGUACCUGAGUGUUAGUCGAGAUGGAGUAGUAUGCCUAUGGUCAAGAGCAUUAAAGUUGAAUCGCUCCAUCAAUACAAAAGAGCUGUAUUCAAAAACAUCAUGGACUCAAGAUGCCCGAUUCAUGCACAAACACAAUAAGCUUAUUAUCAUUUCCAAUGAUCGACAACUAUGCAUAUACGAUAUAUUUUCAAUCAAACCACGCUUGGUUACAACCAUUACACAGUUGGAGCACAAUCCACUUUGUGUGGCAUUUUCAGCCAACUACGAUGAAAAAACAGAUUUGAUACUAUUUGGCGAUGAUGGCGGCUAUAUAAAUGUUCUAUCAAUAAAUGACAGGUUUUUGCUGGAUGCCACGUCUGAUGGCAUUACUGGAGAAAAUCUUACUCCUUCCAAACUGAGCAAAAAGGACAGUUUAGAAAAGCACAACAUAUCUCUGUAUCGGAGAAAGAUACACGAUGACUGGGUUCUUCAAGUCCAGUAUUAUCCAGAAAUGAACGCCUUUGUAUCGUGUGCAGUAGAAAAUAGCAAGUCGCUUGUUAUUGGAGAUCUUGAGCGUAAAACACUAAGAUACAUUAGUGUGCCCAAGGGUAUUCGAUGCUUUGAGUUUUGCAGAAGACCAAGCUUUUUGGUAACUGGAGGUCGAGACAAGAUCAUACGACUUUGGAAUCCAUAUGUUUUGUCCAAACCUGCAGGCAGUUUGCAUGGUCACAACGCUGGAAUUUUCAGUAUUGUGAUCAAUCACGAGAAUGGUCAUAUAAUUAGUCUAUCGGAAGACAAAGUUGUCAAAAUAUGGAAUGCAAGACAUUUGAAUUGUCUUCAAACGAUAGUUGAUAAAAACUCGCACCGACCCGAAAAUACUAUUUCUUCAAUUUAUUUUGAUGCACAAUUUCGACAAAUCAUUACUGGAAGCGAUGUUAUGGAGACUUGGCCGCUACAUACCAAUUCAAAACAGAUUGCUAUCAAAAGCCACGAUAGUCCAGUUGUUUCAGCCAUGUUUAAUUCAAAUUUCAAUCAGGUUGUAAGCGGCUGUCAAACUGGCACAAUCAUUAUUUGGGAUCCCCUUAGCGGCGAAAAAAUCUUUCAAUUCCAUAAUGCUCACGGAACUUCAGAAAUUACUGCCAUGUGUUUUGACAAGUCUGGUCGUCGGCUAAUCACUGGUGGUCGCGAUUGCAUGAUAAAGAUGUGGAAUUUUAAUAAUGGACAGACCCUAAGACAUUUGAUUAAAAACACUGCAAUGGAGACCACAGAAGGUUUGAAUCGAUUUAUAGUGGCAGUGGGAUGGGAUCGUACAAUUUCCAUUUUUAUUGACAAUCCAUCGCAUUUUGAUGCUCGUCCCACAAGAGUACUCAACGGCUCAGGAUCUGGAGCACAUAAAGGUCAUGAAGACGAUAUCUCAGCAGUUGCGUUUUGUCCACCAAAUAUGCUUGCAACCAGUAGCGUAGACGGAACUAUCGUGAUAUGGAAUCUUGAAUCUGGCUAUAUCAAGGUUACAAUGAAAGAGCCGUUUUUAAACCUACGAAGCAAAGAAGAAAAGCCUGUUGAAAAAUUUAACUGUCAAACUACUGAUGAUGAGGGACUGACUACAAUGUCCAGCGAUGAUGAGUGUACCAUGCUUUUUAUUGGUGGAUCAAAGGGCCAUAUUCGAAUAGUAGAUCUAAAAGCUCUGCUUCAAGAUGUAGGCGAUUGCCAUGGAAACUUGGUGAUAACACAGCUUUGGAGAGCACAUAUGCAGAGUGUUUCAAGUGUAAGCUAUAUUAAGACCAUUCAAGCCAUUCUUACUUCGUCCAAAGAUUAUACCGUACGAAUUUGGAAUAUGGAAGGACUGUACAUUGGAACGUUUGGAGAUCGAUCAUGGGUGUUUGAUGACAUCUCAACGUAUAGCAAUCUUCCACUGGAUUUAAAACAGGAUCGUGAUCUUGAGAUGAAACAAGCAGAUAUUUCCAACAAAAAGGAAGCUCUUAUAAAAAAGAAUAUUAUAAGCACAUGGCGUAGUGCAUUCACAAUAGCUCAAAACAUAGAAUGUGAAUCUGAGGGACUAUAUUUGGAUGAAGGAGCCAGUAAAAGUCUCAAAAAACUAAAAGAAAAGGCAGUAUUGGCACAUAUAACCAAGAAAUGGAAAGAGUAUUGGCUGAAACGAAAAAAUAUUGACGAUUGGACACUUUCCCCAGAUCUGAUUACCGUCAAAAAUAGCAAGAGCUUUUUUUCGUACGGAGCUCAAAAUCUUCCAAAAAUAUCCAAGCCCUCAACCGCUGUAAAAUAUGAUUCGGUAUAUCAUAUGCUUCAGAUCCAUCCGAUGGAGGAUCUGCAAUCAACCAUGUCAAACCCACUAAAAAUGACGAAAAUUUCACGAGUCCAAAGUUUUAUGAAAUGA